UAAAUCCUAAACAAAGAGUAGAAGGAUGAGCACUUCACAGUGGCAUCUUUUUCCCCAAACAAGUUAGAGGCUAACCUGACAAGAAAAAUGAGGUGAAGACCCCACUUUAUUUAGUCAGGAUGGAUUAUGGAGGUGUUGGAAGUGAGUACAGCUGUCUGUUAACACUUUGUGAAAAAGCUUUUUAUUUUUCCCCUUCCCUCUACACUGAAGCUCUGUGCAGCCUCAGCCAAAAGCACGAAUCCAUAAAACCUUUGUGUGCAGUCAACUCCCAGGUUUAACUCUGCAUUCAAAAUUAUUUCAUCCAGAAUAAAAUGUUUGCCUUUUUUAACCUCAGAAGCAGCUGACCAUCAGCUCACACAAAGCCAGAUGUGGUCUUUGGCAAAGGCAAGAGAAUUGAUCUCCCUUGUGGCUCUACUGCUGUGAACAGCAUGAUUAUCUUGCCCGUCUUCUAUGCUUGAAACAUAGGCAUCGUUUCCAAUUUGGAAGUGUCCUGCUCCCAGUAUACUGGCUUUGCUGAAGUCUGUCCAGUUUUAUUAUUUAGUGUUACCAAAGGCCAAUUCCACAACCAUUUUAAAAUCACGUAAGUUUUCUUUGGAUGACCUGUUUAUGUCCUUAAUCCUUAUUGGGUCUGGAGCAGCCUUUUCAAUUCUGUUCACAGCACAAAGAACAGGAAUGUUCUAUCCCAUAUGUUAUUCUUCUGUGUGCUACAAUAAUAUCCAUGUAUUAUUAAAAACAAUAAAUUAGUGAAGCAGAACAGGAAAAAUAGAUUCUCUGUUGCAGAAAAAACCCACUAUAGUGAAAGUGACCUAAGAUAUGAGGAAACAAAAAAAAAUGCAAUUACAUAAAUAGGAGCAAACCUAUCAGAAAUGGAACUGGGAGCUCUUGUGGACCUAAGGAAAUGGUUAUGAAAAGCCAGUGACACAAAAUUGGGAGCUACACCAAGGUCAAAAAGAACAGGGGAAAAGGGCUCUUAUUAGUAAAACAGAGAUUACUGAGUUGACAAUAGAAGAUCAUUCCUGUGUUAUCUCAAGGGUCAUUUAGAGGCAUGAAAUUAAAAAAAUCUGUUUUCUGAGCUUACUGUGGAGACACUACACAAAGGUUUUCAUUGUAGAGAGACAGCUGGCAGUAGCAGGCAUUUUUGAAGGAUUCUAGAGAUUCUGGCAGAAUAACAGAAAUAUGGAUAGAAUAUAUACUGUGAGAUGCACUACUGGCACACGAGGCUAAACUGAAAAGGACAAGGAAACUUACUUUGAGGAAGUAUACUGGUGUGAUGGGCUAAAGAGGAUGACAAAGAAUAAAAAGAGGAAAAGAACACCUGGGGCUGUCAAGUGAAAGAAAGGCAACACAUUAGUUAAGAAUUUGUGCUGGCUGAUGCCUGCACAGUUUGGAGCAAUGUGUGCCUCUCUAUGUCAUUUUACAAAGACAGAUCUAAUUGUCUAUUGAAAUACAGAAUAGCUUCCACUCAGAACAGAGUGUUGUCUUCCGCACAAGCUUGAACUGAUCAGAGAACAAGCAAGCUGACUUACCAGAUUUUCCUGUCUAAAUAUUAUGAACCCAACUCAGCUUAAAGAGAUCCAGCUGUAGGUAAGAGUGCAUUAGCCCAGAUGUUCCGCAGUGAUGGGGCUCAUUUUCAGAAGAACUACACACUGACAGCAGGCAUAGAACUGUUGGUGAAGGCUGUAUCAGUUCCAGAGACAAGUGAUAGUGUGGAAUUCUUCAUUUUCGACUCUGCAGGAAAAGAUCUAUUUUCUGAAAUGCUGGAGAAACUGUGGGAGCAACCCAACGUCCUGUGCCUUGUGUAUGAUGUCACUAAUGAGCAAUCCUUCAACAACUGUAACAAAUGGUUGGAGAAGCUGAGGGCUCAAGCAGUUGGGAUGCACAUCCCAGGUGUCUUAGUGGGGAAUAAAACAGACCUAGCUGAUCGUCGAGUUGUGGAGCAGGAACAAGCACAGGAGUGGGCUGAGAAACAUGGCCUGGAAUACUGUGAGAUGUCAGUGAAGGAAAUGAAAAAUUUUGAGGCCCCUUUCCACAUCCUGGCAAAGUUAUUCCACCAACUGUACAAAGAGAAAGUGGAAACUUUUCACUCACUAGCCUGACUGGUAUGAUUUAUUGAUCCUCUAAGCUUCUUCUAGUACUGAGAAUCCUGCUGGACUGAAUACAGAAAGAAGAAAAAAUAUGAGCUAUUUGCUACUUCAUGGUCAUCCUCUGGUAAUUCAAAAUAAACUAGAAAUAGGCAAGAAGAAAGACACUCUUCUGAAGCUGCUACCUCAGCAUUCCUUUCAUGUCCUCUAACUUGGUUCUCUGCUCAUUGAAAGUCGGCUAGGUUGGAGGAGGCAGAGAGUAAAAGGGGAGGAUAGAAUGGAAAUUGCCAGCUCUUUGCUUUAAUAUCUUUUUGUCUGAACAGACUUCCGGCUGCUACAAGCAGGGAUUUAGAGGUUUGGAAAAGCAGAGAGGAAGCUGACAGGAUGUUUUUUGACUUAAGCCAGCCUUUAUACAUACACUGCAGGGCAGGACCGAUUUGGCCCUACCCCUUGAAAAGCAUUUUCAGAAGGAGGCUUAUUGCCUUAAAAUCAACAUCUGGAGAGUGACGUAUGGAGGAGAUGGAUUUAGGUGUGUUUCCAGGGGUGCCAGAGUUGGAGGCCAAUUUUAACAGUGUUGCCUUUAUCAGUUGUAGGAUUGAUAUGCUGGUGACUAAUGCAUGUUUCUAAUUUCCAGCAUCUGUUUUUUUCCUUCGGCGUGGCUCACUGUCCCUGCCUGGUGGGAGCUGUGUCGCGUCCAGCCGCUGUCACUUGGUGACGCAGUGCCCUCUGCUGGUCCCAGGUCACAGGAGUUCUCCAGAGGCUGCCACCUCCCUCGAAGUGAGCAGGAAAGGCUUCCUGCAGGCACGUCCAAAUUGGCUUAGCUGCAAAAUGGAGUCAAAUUACAAGAAUACCUUUUCUAUUCUAAAGAUGAAUCUAAAACUUACAAAAAUUACCUUUUCUUUUUCAUGUCUUUAUCAUCUUACGUAUUGUUGUGUCAUUUUUGUCAGUUGAAUUUGGCAAUACCAUUCUGAUUAAGGUUCAGUUUUCAAUCUCAAAAUCAGAGUCCUCUUAUUAAAGUCUCUCUGCUUGUCAUUGAAUUUCAGAUAGAAGACCACGGUUCUGAUGUUGCUAGUGGAAACAGGACUAAGGAAAUGAAAGACAGCCUGGCUAAGUUACUCUGACUCAGCUAUGUCUGGCUAGAAGUUUCAUAUUAGAAAGGGUAAAAGCCUAGAGAGAUUUGCUCUAUUGUGUGGAGUACUGAUGUUACAUGUGUAAGAGUCUUUGCUAAUGCAGUAUACAAAAGCAUCUGUGGCAAGGUACCGCCUUGUAACUGAGCCUAAUGCCAAAAGUUCCAAAACUUUAACCUAUGGUAGACUCCCUUGACCUAGGGAAGCUGAGUUUUGUAGAGAAUAAGCACUGAGUGAUUUUUCAGGCAGUCUUUUUAGGAAUCUGUGUUUCAAGACUUUUAUACGUGUGGUUUAUAAGCAUUUUUAUGCCCAGUGCUAGGAAAAGUACAUUAAAUUGAAUGUAAGAAAUAUGGCUGCAGAUGUUGUAGCAGGCUUUAUGAAGCACCUCAAGGAUCUGGAGAAGCACUGGCCUCAUUUCACUGGCAACAGUGUGUUGAUGCUGAGAACUCGCUAGGGAGCAUGAAUACCAGUUAAAGAGGAUGAGUAGGAGCUGAAUCUACAAAAAGUGAAAAGAAGAGAUUCUUUUGCUAGAAGCCAACUCAAAAAUGACAGAACAAGCUGGGAAAGCUCCUGCUUUCUUCAAAGAAGGAAGGACUCCUCCAUGAACAUAGGGUAACUAGAAGAUUCCCUCUUUUUGCAUUGGAUUAGCAUUCCUGGCAUUUGUAUCUUGCACAGGUUGUCUUGUUAAUCCUGGGUUUUUUAUAUUGAUUUACAUAGGCUGUAUAGACUCUUGCUUGCAGGUCCUGGUAUCUGCACCUUUUAUUCUUACUCUGACUAGUAAGAAUAAAAGCUAUUUUGGAUGCUGUGCUGAUCCAGUUAAAGAACUAAAGAAGGUUUGUUUUUAUUUGGUAUCUCAUUUCCCUCUAGUUCAAUUGACAAUGUGAUCACAAAACAAGACACAUAUUUUUUUAUUUUUCAUAUUGAAAAUAACAUACCAGAUGUGUAUGUCACCUGUGACAUGGUGUAUCUAGGGGAAACAAUGCCUUGGGAAUAGGAAAUAAAAUUAAUUCUGUGCAAUCUUUAACCAGGGAGUCUAGCUGCACCUGAAGAACCUCCCAUAACUUCAAGCAAACACUCGAAAUUCACCAGUAAGAUGAAGAUUGGUGAAUGCUGCUGUAUAAAAUAAAUGCAAAAGCUGGAGAAGCUCAUCAAGGUACUGCUUGGAGUGGUGAUCUGUGAUUUAUAGGGAAGCUGCUUUUGAGAAGUUAGUGAAGAAAAAUGCAGCCCAUGCAGGGAAAGAUCUAUUGCCUGAGAGAGGAAAUAUAUGAUCUAAUUAGCUAACAGUAGGAAUUCACCCACUGCCCCUUUCCCUCUUCCACAAGCCACAACCACAAUUAGAAAAGAAGUCGUGUCUAAAGCAUGUUGUCAAACUUGCUUUUUACAGGACUGUUUCAAGCACUAAUCUGGACACAGUUUAAUGUCCUUCAAAAUAGUGUGUUUGACAAUUACAAUCUCAACCCUUUCAAAUCUAUUUUAACAGCAUAAUAUAUUGCCCUUCCUGGCUACUGUGCUGUAUAAUACCAGCCUGAUGCAAGUAGUGGUUGUUGGUAUUUUUCUGGCUUAAUUGUGUCCUUGGUUGUAGAGGCUAGGAGUGAAGAGGGUGUAGAAAACACAGAAGCCAAACAUAGGAAGAUUGUGGGAAAUAGUUUUGUCUCUGUGUGAGGGAGUUCAGGGUAGUGAGUAAGUCAGCUGGACCAGCAGGAUGAGUAAGAGUCUGAAGUCUAUUAAGUUUCUCUUACCUGUUUACUAACUUUGGCAGUCACAUCUGUAGAGUGAGUAUGUGUGUUUGCUGCUUAUAGGCUUAGCAUCAGUCUGAAUUACAGAUGCUGUGGAGAACAGUGGGAGGAAGACAGAAAGCCUGUCUGCUGACCAGGAAGCUUGUUGUCUUCUUACAGCUCCCCUGCUUUGUCCAGCUGUGCAGUGCUGCAGGUGCUCAGCAUGAGUGUUACAACACAGAAAUACCCAGCUCAACCAGAACUGAAAUUUCAAAAUAAAGCAAAGGAAACAAACAGGCCUUUAACUGGUAUAGAUAUGUAGUCCUUUUUCCUGCUUGCUUGUUUGAUUAGACAAAACCAUUUCUCUCUUCCCUGGAGUCCCUCCUUCUUACCUUUUCUUUGGUCCUCAUGGGUCUGCACAGAAUCUCUGUUAUACUUGUGCCCUGUUUUACUUAGCUUGAUACAUCACCAGCUGAUUUUUUUUUAUCCUUCUAAUUUCUGCAUUAUCUAUUCCCAAGGCUGCAAGACAUUUCUUCUUAGAUUAAUAGACAAAAGGAAACAAAAGUUGAAUUUUUAGUCAAAUUGUCUUGGAAGAAAAAGCCUUAAGAAGCUGUCUGACAUUCUGAAAUUUUACUGGAAAUUCAUUUGUGUAAACUUGUCAUAUUAAAGAUGGUUUAAUGGUUUUGUUUUGUCUUGCCAGACAUAGUCUACUGCGGAGUGAAAUUCAGGAUGUAAAAUUCCAGAAAGGUCGGGUUUUAUUGUGGGAAUUAAUAGGAGUUUCAAAGCUGAUCACACUGUGGUAAGCUCUGUUAAGUCUUAACAAUGGAGUGGUCACCACUGUUCAUAAUGAAGCAUUAAAUAUACUGAAAUGGGGCUGUCAAAACAGUUUCUUCUAGAGAUUUGUUCAUUUUAAAGACUUUAAACUUAAGAAAGGACAUCUUUUAAAAGACUGAUCUGAUAAAUGACACCAUUUGGACCAGGGUUAUUUCUGAUAUAACUUCAGUGACUUGAAGAGCUGAAUUUAGUCUUUUAUGCCAAUUGACUCCCCUGGGUAAGCUUCAUUUCUUUACCCACUAUACAUCUUGGACCGAUCUGACCUGAUAGCAAAAGACACAUGAUGUUGUUGAAAAUGAAAUACUGCCCUGGGGCAAAAGGAUAAACUGCGUGGCCUCCUGAGGUCCUCCCAGCAAUACUUUCUAUAAUUCUAUUAGAUUAAGUGAGGAUAGAAGUAGCAUGGAAAGCACAAAACAGGCUAAGUCAUAAACUAGCAAUUAAACUGGAAGCUGGGCAGAAAAUGUACAAUCUAUCCCAAUUAAGAGCUGUAUCUCAAGAGAAACUGGGAGCCUGACGCAGGUGCUGACAGCAGGGAAAACACUGCAUUUCUGUUCUGGAGGCAGCAACUGCUUUCUGCUGGUGCUUAUGCAGAUCUGUGGGGGUCCUUACGCAACUCAAGGCUGUGCUCUGUUUUUAAUAAUUCCUGUAUCUCUGAUGUUCAGGUGGCUGUUGCUUGCAGUUCUGGUCUCAUCUACCUGCACAAAGUCAGCAGCAUAUCAGAUUAUUUGCUAGUGGCAGAUUAUUUGCCAGGGGCAGGAUUAUUUGCUAGUGCUAGUCCCCUGUGUGAUGGGACCCCUCUCUCCCCAUGCAUUCUCUGUCCUUUUCCUAUCUCAUAUCUGCUCCUUGGUGGACGAUAUCCACCUCUGCUUGCUCUUAACAAGUAGUUUUUCCAUCUUGCAGAUGGUACUCUGUGGAACCUGGGUCUGAGGGACUUCUUAGACCUUCUGCAGCAAAGGUGGAGUCAGAGCAGGAGCACUUCAAGGGCCAUGUUGGCCUCACAUCUCUUUUGGCCUAGGGGCACAUCAUCACUCUACUCGUGUCCUAUUUCCUCCUCCUGCUGUCAUUUUGCCUGGAGAACAAUGUCUUCUGUGCCAGUUGCCCUUGGCUCUGUUGACCCGGAACAACAAUGCUUGGGGGAGGGAGGAAGAAGAGAGCUAUUCAGUCUUGAGUCUUUUCAGGGCUUUUUAGCUGUUAUGACUCCCUGUCAAAGUCACCUGAGAGAUGGGGAUGUUGAUCAGUCUAGGGUGUAAUUUCCUGGCAGGAGACCACUGAGUCCUGGCAGCCUCAUCUGGGCUCUUCAGAGCUUACUGCAGUGUAACUUUGUUACAGACACUGGCUGUUCUUCUAACCUGGGGUUUUGGUGGAAAUUUUUGAUAGUUUUUUUACUCCUUGGAGGUCUUUUGUUUUUCUGUCAUGGCUUCAUAUAUCUCCUCCCCUAGAGCUGUUUGUCAGGAGAAGCUUAGAAUUGCUCCCUUUCCUGGUCUCUGAGAUUUAAUCUGGGAAUAUUUAAAAGGGAAACAUGACAGACCCUACAUGUCAAGCUGGGGUCAGGGAUGGGGUCAGUUUGAUGAGUUUCCCUCCAGCCAGAUAUACAUCAACUGGAGAUAUGUGGAGCCUGUGAUCUUUCUGCACAAGUACUAGAAAAAUAGCCAAUAUGAGGGCUGCAAGUUAGGGACUGUGAGGAAAAGGGUAAAAAGGCAGAAGUGAUCGACUUCUGUGUCCCAGACAGGGGAAAAAGCCUGAGCAAUAGGGGAACAGGAAUAUGUAGGAAAUAUGUAGGUCUGUAUUCUUUCAUGAAGAGCCCAAAGGAUUUGCUGAGACAGAUUGCCAGGGUAGGAUUUAGGGGUGGAGAACCUGAGGCUUCUGUCUUUUAGAAUGCUGUAUGAAAAUAAAAUGGGAAGAAAAGUAAUUUUUGCAUGAGCCACUGAGGGAAAAUGAAGAUACAGGGUAGAACUGGAUGACCUUGCAGGUGGAAGGGCGAGUGAUAAGAAUAAAUAACUGAAAGGAGAUCUUCAGGGCCAAGCUCACAGGGCCAAGGGCAGACAGGGAUUCAGAGCCAUGAUGAGGAAGGUCACUGGUAGCCAUCAAUUUAGGUUUAAGAUGCAGGACCUGCAUUGGAACAAGGCAGGAAGAGUUAAAGUCUGUGUGACAGGGUUGACACUGGAAAUUGAAAGGCAAUAGCAAGGAUCCAGAAUGAUAAACGUAGGAGCAGUGUGGGGAGAUAAGAACAGCAAGCUGUGAUGCUGUGAGCAGCAGUGGCUGGAGACAGCAUACCCAGAUGAGACCAGAAAAGAUCAAGUAGGUAUUCUGAGGACCCUAUCAGACUAUGAGGAUGGAAGAGUGUGAAGAGAUGUUGGAAAUUCAUAUUUGAGUACAGCUCUUCUGAGGGAAUUUCUGAGUGAAGAUAAAUAGAUACCUACAAUUGGUACCCACACAUGUUCAUAAACACAUUUAAACCACACAUUAUUUCCAGUGCUAUAUUCUCUAUCUCUAUUUUCCUUUGCCAAAAAUAAUCAUGACCUUUCUGCUUAAA